GCAGAGUGUGCUGUCUCCAGUCAACUGUUGGAACCUGUUGUUGACUCAGGUGAAGAGGGAGAGCAGAGACCACACUACGCUAUCUGACCUUUACCUCAACAACAUCAUACCGCGCUUCGCCCAGGUCAGCGAGGACUCCGGAAGACUCUUCAAAAAGAGUAAGGAGGUUGGUGUCCAGCUUCAGGAGGAUCUGAUGAAGGUUCUGAACGAGCUUUACACGGUGAUGAAGACGUACCACAUGUACAACACAGACAGUAUAAACUCUGAGAACAAACUGAAGGAUGCAGAGAAACAGGAGGAGAAGCAGAUGGGGCGCUCUGGUCGCCAGGACGAAAGACAGACUCCCAGGUCACCUGACACACUGGCCAGCAUCAAGACGGAGGAGAAACAUGUCCGACGCUCCUCAGUCAAGAAGAUAGAGAAGAUGAAGGAGAAGAGGCGGGCUAAGUACACAGAGAACAAGCUGAAAGCGAUCAAGGCGAGGAAUGAAUACCUACUGGCUCUGGAGGCUACCAACAGCUGUGUCUUCAAAUACUACAUCCACGACUUGUCUGACAUCAUCGACUGCUGUGACCUGGGCUAUCAUGCCAGUCUCCACCGUGCGUUGCGGACCUACUUGUCAGCCGAGAUGAACGUGGAGGCAUCUAAACACAGCGGUCUGGAGGGCCUGGAGGGGGCAGCAGAGAGCCUGGAGCCCAACGGUGACAAGCAGAGGCUGAUGGAGACCUACAACAACGUCUUCUGUCCCCCCAUGCGCUUCGACUUCCAGUCACACAUGGGAGACACGAUGGGGGUAGUAUGUGCCCAGCAGCCUUUAGAAGGGGAGUUACUCCAGAGGUGUCAGCAGCUGCAGUCCCGUCUCUCCACCCUCAAGAUCGAGAACGAGGAGGUGAAGAAGACUAUGGAGGCCACUCUGUCGACCAUCCAGGACAUGGUCACCGUGGAGGACUAUGAGGUCAGCGAGUGUUUCCACCACAGCAACUCCAUGGAGUCGGUCAAGUCCACCAUGAGCCAAUCAUUCCUCAGCAAACCCAGCCUGGCCAAGAGACGGGCCAAUCAACAGGAGACGGAGCAGUUCUACUUCACGAAACUGAAGGAGUUUCUGGAGGGCCGGAACCUGAUCACCAAACUGGAGGCCAAACAUGACUUGAUACAGAAGACCCUGGGAGAGAGUCAGAAGACUGACUGUUGCCUUGCCAGUGACAGGAGGAACUCUGCCCUACGGAAUCAGGAGGCUGGCCAUGUCAUCCCUCUGAUGGUGGAGAGCUGUAUCCGCUUCAUCAGUCGCCAUGGUCUGCACCAUGAGGGCAUCUUCAGAGUGUCUGGCUCUCAGGUGGAGGUCAAUGACAUCAAGAACGCCUUUGAGAGAGGUGAGGACCCAUUGGCAGGGGAUCAGAAUGAUCAUGACAUGGACUCCAUCGCCGGCGUUCUAAAGCUCUACUUCAGAGGCCUGGACCACGCGCUCUUCCCCAAGGAAGUCUUCCAUGACAUCAUAUCCUGUGUCUCUAUGGAGAACCUGCAGGAGAGGGCUGUCCACAUCAAGAAGGUUCUGCUGACUCUGCCCAGCAACACUCUCAUCGUCAUGAGAUACCUGUUUGCCUUCCUCAACUACCUGUCCCAGUACAGUGAGGACAAUAUGAUGGAUCCCUAUAACCUGGCCAUCUGUUUUGGUCCCACCCUGAUGUCAGUCCCAGAGAGCUGUGACCAGGUGUCCUGCCAGGCCCACGUUAACGAGCUCAUCAAGACCAUCAUCAUCCACCAUGACGGGGUCUUCCCCGGACCAGGGGACCUGCAGGGGCCCGUCUACACCUGCCCAGGGGCCACCGACGAGUACUGUGAGCCCCCCCUGGUGGAUGAACCUGCUCCUGACACAAUCUCUGUCAUCCACAACAGCGAAGAUGGCUCGUUGGUCGUUUCAGAAUCUGACCCAAUAGAGGCCAUCGCUCGCUUCGACUACUCUGGACGGACCAACCGGGAGCUGUCAUUUAAUAAGGGCGCGUCUCUCCACCUUUUCCAGCGAGCCAGUGAUGACUGGUGGGAGGGCCGACACAACGGAGUGGACGGACUGGUGCCUCACCAGUACAUAGUGGUUCAGGACAUGCCGGAUGGCGGCAGAGGCAGUACUAAGACUGAGGCGGAGUUGCAGGAGGAGAGAGUGUCCACUAGGGGCACUGCUGCCUCUCCCACUGGAGCUCAUGUAGCUGACAUCUACCUGGCCAACCUCAACAAAAUGAGGAAGAGGCCAGAGUCGGGGAGUAUCCGUAGAACAUUCCGGGUGUCUGAGGGAGGCCAGGGGGGUGACGUGUCCCAAUCGGGGGCGACCGGCGGGGGUGUGAGGAUGGCCAGUCUGCCGGUGGGAGGGGCUCUGGUGAAGGAGGGCGGGGACAAACGACCGGUCAGCGCCCACAGUGUCCUCAACUCCUCCAUCACACGCCACUCCUCUCUCAAGACCAAGGUGGAAAGCCCUCAGUUCCGCAAAGCGACCACCGCGGGGCGCUCUAAGAGCUUCAGCAACCACAGACCGCUGGACCCUGAGGUCAUCACUCAGCUGGAGCCUACCUCACAGGAUAUCGAGGCAGCUAUGAGCUCUGCUCUGAGUGAGCUGAGAGAGCUGGAGAGGCAGGGCAGUGCCAAGCACACACACACCCCUGACGUGGUGCUGGACACACUGGAGCAGCUGAAGGGUGUGUGUGGUGGGGGAGGCGGGGGUACAUCAGAGCCCUCCAGUCCCCUCCACUCCCGUCUGCUGAGGGACAGCGAGGGAGCAGGAUCUCCACACUCACACCCCCUUCAACGAAGCGCUUCGUCCGCUAGCGACGUCCCCUCCUCCUUCCGCCCUUCCUAUCCCAGGAGCUCCCUGCCCUCCUCCACAUCCUCCUCUCUCACCUUCUCAGCCCUCUCUUUCUCCACUCCCUCCUUCCGAGAGCCUCGCCCUCCAGCCACGCGGCCCAAGCCGGUGGUCUUCCCCAAGGGAGGAGGAAGCAGCAGUCCGGCUAUGGGGUCCCCAACCUCCACUGUCCCCCCAGCCCCUCCUCCCCCUCCCCCACCCCCACCCCAGCCCAACGACAAGUCCUGCCCCGCCUGAGGGGGUAGGAUCUCACACAUACAAACCACUUCCCCUAUCUUCCCUCACCCAAUGACAAGUGGGAUAGCUCUCAUCUAGGAUCAGCUUACCCUCCCAAACUCUAAGCAUUAUGGGGGUUAGACUGUAUAAAGCAUCCAUGACUCAAACAAGGGAUCAAAACGGACAUAAAGCAUGACAAUAAAGAGAUAUGGAAUCUGUGCUGUAUAUACUGGUGUGAAGUGUGUGUGUGCGGGCAGGCCUGUGUGAGGUGUGUGUGUGCGGGCGUGCCUGUGUGAGGUGUGUGUGUGUGCGGGCGUGCCUGUGUGAGGUGUGUGUGAGCGUGCCUGUGUGAGGUGUGUGUCGCAUACCUUAUACUUGAGAGCACUGUUUGAUUUUGAAUAGAUGGAACAUUUAAGGACAUUUCCCAGGUAGUCUCUCCUUUUUAUCCCCAAUGAACCCUGAGAAGACUGGCGUGGACAGGAGGACUGGUUCACCUGGAUGGCUGUGUGUGUGUGUGUGUGACUCCUGGAUCCAGACUCUCUGAGAACUCACAGACAGACUGUGGAACACAGAACACUGUAUAACUCAGAAGAAACUCAGUAUCUCCGAGCUCAGUAUCAACUUUGACUGGCUACAUUCACUCGCUGCUUCAAGGCUGGAUCUGCCAACCUGGACAGAAAGAGAGAGAGAUGGACUGAUAGAUGGAUGGAUGGAGUGGGCAGUGGAAUGCCUGUUUGAGAGGGCAGUGGAAUGCCUGUUUCUAUGUGAAGAGAAGAGGGCUAGGCUACAACUCUGAUCCUCCUGUGUCUAGGCAAGCUGAGUGUUGUGGUGAUUCAUUCUAACAACAACGCUCACCAGUAAAGCUACUACAUGCUAGGCUCUUUUCUACUGUAUUCUACUAGACUCUACUAUACUCUUCAUCAGGGCUAUUCAAUUAGCGGCCCUCAGGGGCCAAAGGAAUGCUGGAUUACUUUUCUAAGUGGAAGUUGUAAUGUAAUUGAUUGGCCAGAAAGUCCAAUCACCUGUGUCCCAGGUGUGAAGAAAAUAAUGUAAUGCAGUAGUGAUGGGGCCCUCCAGGACAAUAGUUAAAAGCCCUUCUCUACAUUCUGUAUUUACCGACAUAAUGCAACACUUGUCUAGCUUUCCAACAGCACCUCCUGCUGGUAUUUUAAGUGCAUGACAUGGCCAUUGUCAAUAACCAACCUUUCUUUAGCAAUAAGAGUCUGACUCAGACUCAUCAGUUUAGCAGCAUGCCAGGCCUGCUGCUUCUCUCUCCCUUAGAUUCCCAGCAUCAAUAUACACUCUAUUACAGAAGUGGAAUAGACACACACAUGCACAUGUGUGUGACAUGUGUGUGUGUGCUGUGGUAGCUAAAUGUCUUUCAGUUCUCCUCGCAUGCAGGAGCCACAGCAGUCGCAGUGCUGACUGACUGACUGACUGACUGACUGACUGCGUCUAUUUUCAAUACUAUCAAAUGCCCCUCUUAGACCAGCUUCACACAAAUUAUUAUUCCAAACAUAAAUCAGCAAAAAGGGUAUUUUUAGGUGUAUAGUUUAUUAACCAUGGUGAUAACUGGAAAUGUGCAGAUGAGGAAUCUCAGUGAGGUGGAAGAGUUUGUAGCAGACACAAACAGACACAAACCAGCAGACACAAACCUUGUCAAGCGCAUUCAAAAAAAUUACUUUAUCCUUGUUUACUUCCACUUGUUAGUUUAUUAUGUGUGUGUGUGUGUGUGUGCGUGUGCAUGCGUGCGUGUGCGUGCACGCGUCGGUGACUCUUCACAGCUCUCAGAAGUCAGCAUUAACCACUCAUCAUAAAGGGAACCAACUAAUGUAAUGCCUGCUCUCUGGAGACAGGGGACCAACAGGAUGGGACAUACAGACAGCAGAACCACUUCCUGUGUCUCCAGAGCCACUCUGCUACCAGUAUCACUGUUCACUAGGCUUAAUGUUUGUGUGACUGACUAGUUCUCAGUCCCAGCCGCUAAAGACAGAGGACAACAGGAAAAGUGUCACACUGUCUCCUCUGUCGCUCCUCUACCAAUAGCAUUGUUGUGUGUCAUGGUGGACCCGCAUCCAAUAAUUGAUUGGAUUCAUCUUUAACAGAACUUCUUCUGUGACUCCCUGACUGUCUAUUACACAACUCUGACUGUCGCAUCAUGUGGUCAAUGUCAAACCGGUCCUGUCCUGUCUGUCACUGGUAGAAUUUCCAUUUUCUGUAGUCUGAACUGUGAUUUGUCAAGGGGAGGAGACAGAAUGUUUUGAUUGCUCAAGGUUAGUGGGAGGCGGCGGGAUGCUUUAGUUAUUGACAGCUUUAACACUGUCUGAGACCAGGAUAUUUAAUGUCAGGGCUUAGAGAACCCUGAUGUUAGAAAAGCCAUUAGUUAACCAGGCAGACAUUUCUGUCUUUCCGCCUCUCCCUAUCACCUUCCUCUCUCUGUACCUUUCUCCUCCUAGCAUUCUGCCUCUGUUCCCACAGACACACACCUUUUCCUUACAAAUAUCCCUCUGUCUGUUUCCUCCCUUAUUCAUUCCUCCCUGCCCUGCAGGUAUAUAAUUGUAUUAUUGCAUUCCCAAAUGAUCUGUAACAGGGGAUUUAAUUCUAAUUGUAAUGUUUUAUCUCUAUGUGUGUAUUUCAAGAUGUAUUUUACAUUGUGUUGCUCCUCUUACCUCAUCUUGGCAACUGGAGGGAUUGUGUGUUUGUGUGUGUGUGUGUGUGUGUGUGUGUGUGGUGGGGUGGGGUGAAUAGGCAUUAACACACACGUCAUACGAACAUACACUCAUGGGUGAUGCUUUGUGGUUGGUGUCUUUGUGUUAUCCUGGCUUUGUUGUAUAGGAGCUAGGAACCUCAGUCUCCACACCAUAUUAUCAGUUGAGCUCAAAUCAAUCAUCAUGCACUUGAAAUUACAUGGUGUGCUCGUGGACUGAUUGAGUGAGGAUGAUUUUAUUAUGAUUAACUAUUGUUAGAUAUGCAUUUCUUGUCCAUUUGAAAACACAAGAUCUAAAAAAUGACUGUAAUGUCAAAUAUAUUUAUAGUUGUCUCUGUAUUACUGGAGAAUCCUGUGUUAAGAUGUACUUUGUAUAUACAAUGUUGUACAUUACAGAGGUACACUCUUUUUUUGGUACAAUAUUGUACAGUAAUAGCAAUAGUAGUUUAAUCAAAUAGGCCUAACAUAAUUCUAUGUGUAGUUCUUGUAGUAUACUUUUUUAAAUAAACAUUGCUUGCUAUAAAGGUCUCUGCGUUGUUGUGGAGAUUAUGAUGACAGUGA